CGCAUGCGUAGAACGGCCGUGUCUCGCGCGCUCUUAUGGCCCGCAGUUUAGACCGCUUGCGUUCCAACCUAGCCGUGUAGAACGCUCCGUGAUCCAACACCUAUACGUCAAAAUAUCAAAUUGAUCUGAUCGUCCACCCUCGACUAAUCAACAAAAAAUGGCAUGAACUUUACCCAAAAACUUUGACGACUUCGAUCCAACUUCUGUGACGUGUAUAUAAUCUAUGUCUACGUCUUACUUAGAUAGGUAGCCCGGACAUUAUGGGCCAGGCGGCAAGCGUGAAGUCGGCGCUAUGGAUAUCUCUUCUGCAUGGCUGCCUUUUCCUCAUCGCUGGUUCCGGCACAGAGUCGCCUUUAGACGACACGACAGUGGAUAUAUCGUCCAGACGAUUCCGGGCAGAGUUUCUUCAGGAGUGGCACAAUUCCCCAGAAGCACCGUACUUCGACCCCAGUACCCCGAGGAAUAUCACUGGAUUGGUGGGACACCCUGUAAGGCUUUUAUGCCGCGUGAAGAAUUUACAGAACAGAACAGUAUCCUGGGUUCGCCACCGCGACAUCCACCUGCUAACAGUAGGUCGGUACACCUACACGUCAGACCAGCGCUUCGAGGCACAGCACAAGCCGAGAUCAGAGGAGUGGGCUCUACGGAUACGGAGUCCACAGCGUAGAGACUCAGGGCAGUAUGAAUGCCAGAUUUCUACUACACCGCCGAUUGGUCAUGCUGUAUUUCUAAAUAUUGUAGAACCAGAAACAACGAUAUCAAGCGGGGCUGAAUUAUUUAUACAAGCUGGGUCGACAAUCAAUCUUACUUGUACAGUUCGGCAUACUCCAGAACCACCCAUCUCAAUUACAUGGACUCACAGAGACCAGAUAAUAAACUUCGACUCUGCGCGUGGUGGUAUAUCUCUAGUGACCGAGAAAGGUCUGAAGAGUACCAGCCGUUUGCUCGUUCAAAGAGCGAGAGGAUCCGAUGCAGGAGUCUACAUUUGCGGGCCGAAUAAUGCUCCUCCAGCCUCCAUCAGGGUCCACGUGUUGUCUGGUGAGCAUCCAGCAGCAAUGCAGCAGGGCUGCGCAAAAUCGUCCUUGGACUUCAUAGUUUCUAUGAUGUGUGCUCUAUUAGCUGUGUCUUUAGUUUUCUUCACCGACCAUUUACAGUUUGGGACGUGAACGUAAUUUAUUAUUGUAAGGACUUAUACAUGAAUAAAUAAUUAAAAUCGUUUAUUAUAGAAAAAAUUAAAGCCAGAUUUAUUGAUAAGUGGGUUACCUCAAGCUAUUUUGGAGAAGAGAAAGAGAAAGAAAGAGAGAAACGGAAAACUCAAAGAGAUUUCGGUUCUUUCAUUAUAAGGUACGAAGCCCUGAAAAAGUAUUUACUAAAGCAGUUGUAAAUAAAUGUACAGAUGUUUUUUAAAUAGUAUUUUGAAUCCAAACCUCUUCAAUGUAAAUAGCAUAUAUGUAACUGUUAUUUUAUUGAUUUAUAUA